ACUUACUAUUAUACUAUACGUGUAUUAAAGAUGGCUUAAAGAAAAGUUAUAGUUUAGAUUGAGAAAUGUAUCGCUUUAUGACAAAGUGAACUGUGAUUUUCUUUUUCUAAAUAGUAACAAAUAUAUAUUCAAUCAUGUCAUAUUUAAAUCAACCCGAUUGUGUACAUUAUGUAUGUAAUUGUGGUUCUUUAAAACCAAUUUCGAAGAUUUAUUUCUGCAGGCACUGCUCCAAAAUUCGUUGCGGAUAUUGUGUCUGUCAAGAGGUUGAUUCACAUUAUUGUCCUAACUGUAUGGAAAAUUUACCAUCAUCAGAAGUUCGUCUUAAAAAAAACAAAUGUUCAAAUUGUUUCAAAUGUCCAUGUUGCUUUCAAACAUUAUCUACAAGAGCUGGACAUGUACCUUUAAGAGUAAUACCAAUUGAAGGAGAAGAUUCUAAAGAUAUAAAAACAACACCUAAAAAAGUUUAUUAUUUAUUUUGUUCACUAUGUCGAUGGACAUCUAGAGAUGCUGGUAUACCAGAUCAAUCUGUAGCUACAGGAGGUUGGCCUGAACAAGAAAAUCCUCAUACAAACCGGAUUAAUACUUUAAUUGAUUAUCAUAAAAUAUUAGCUUCUAUAGAAAAACAGCAAUGUGAGAAAAAGAAAUUUCGACCAAAGCGUCCUUAUAUGCAAAUUGCUAUGUUUAGAAUAACAUCUGCUAUGGUUCGUAAACGUAUUGGACAUCCUACAAAACCUGCUACUGAAUCAACUGAUCAACCAUCUCCAGCUAUUGCCAGUACAGAAGUAGAGGAAUUACCAAUAGAUAUUUUUACAGAACCAAUAGAAAUAACUAAGAUUACUACAUUGGAACAACGAUUACAACAUCCGGACAUACAAGCAGAAAAUGUAAAUGAAUUACGCCCUCAACAUAGACAAUUGUUAGUUAGAAGAUCACAACGAUGUCGAGUUUGCGAACAUAAUCUCUGUAAACCAGAUUUUUGUACACACUCUGCAAAGUUUAAAAUACAAUUAGCUGCAUUUUAUCACGUACCAGAAGUAAGGAUUGUUACUUGUGAACCACUUCGCCCAGGUAAAUCAAGUGAAUUGCUUUUAAAGUUUUGCAAUCCAACUCAACAUCAAACUCAGAUAAUACUUUUAUCAUUGGAUACACCAUUGACACCUAUUUUAACAGCUGUUGAUGAAAAAGAAGAAUUUAAGCAAGAAAAUAUACAACAGGGAUCUGAAUCUCCAAAUUUAUUACCUUCUAUCGUGCGACAAGUGCCUGUAAUAGAGGAAACAAAAUCUAUUAAAAUUAAUGCAAAUGCAGAUAUAAUUCUUCCUCAUAGCGCUCUUAUUUUGCCUCCCAGAGAUGAUGCUGCUGAAUAUGAUGAUACUGGUGAUACUCAUAAUUUUCAAGAUGAUCCUAAACUUGUAAUUUGGCGAAAAGGUAAUAAAGCUGUAAUAAAAUUACAUGUAAUACCACAUGAAAAUAUACAAGAAAGUGAUAGUCAACAAGUUAUAAUUGGCUUUGUUAUGCAAUAUGGAUAUGUGAAUACUAUUACUACAUUAGAACAUAAAGCACCUCAAAAAUUAGAUCUUAAAGUUAAACUUUAUCUUACUAUAGGCAAUAUUGUUGGAAGUGCUUAAUGCUUAUAUCAUAUGAAUAUUAAUAUUUAUUAAUAUUAUAAAAAUAAGUUCAAUUAACUUCAGUAAAUAAUAUACAUUCUCAGGCUGCACACAUAUGUAUUUAAUAUGUAUCUUUUAUUAUUUAAAUAUUAAUUUUAUAAUGAAAAGUCAUUAAUAAAUGCAUAAUUUUCCUAA